GGCAUACGAACGCGUAUAAUGCUGUAGCCAUUCGGCAACAAACCACGAACGUCACAAAUGAGGGGAUCGGUAGAGUUCUGCUUGGAAUAACACUGACUCCAGUGUCAACCAGACUUACGUGUGUGUGGUUGAGUCCAUUUCUCUGCGAAGAUGGAUUUCCAGCAUCGAGCUGGCGGAAAGACAGGGAGCGGUGGGGUUGCUUCUGCCUCUGAGAGUAACCGUGACAGACGAGAGCGGUUACGUCAGUUGGCCCUGGAGACCAUCGAUAUCAACAAAGACCCCUAUUUCAUGAAGAACCAUUUAGGCUCAUAUGAGUGCAAACUUUGUCUGACACUCCACAACAAUGAGGGCAGCUAUCUAGCUCACACACAGGGAAAGAAACAUCAGACCAAUUUAGCUAGAAGAGCUGCCAAAGAGGCCAAAGAAGCUCCUGCUCAGCCAGCUCCAGAGAAAGUCAAGGUUGAAGUCAAGAAGUUUGUGAAGAUUGGUCGACCAGGAUACAAAGUAACCAAACAGAGGGACCCAGAAAGUGGGCAACAGUCUCUACUUUUCCAGAUUGACUACCCAGAGAUAGCUGAAGGAAUCGGACCUAGACAUCGCUUCAUGUCUGCUUAUGAACAGCGCAUCGAACCACCUGAUCGUCGUUGGCAGUACCUGCUUUUGGCUGCAGAACCCUAUGAGACCAUUGCCUUCAAGGUUCCCAGUAGAGAAAUUGAUAAAGCAGAGAACCGCUUCUGGACACACUGGAACAGAGAAACUAAACAGUUCUUCCUGCAGUUCCACUUCAAAAUGGAAAAAACUGUUCCCCAGUCCAGUGGAUCUACAGCUCCACCAGGAGUGAAGCGACCCCCUCCUCUAAUGACUGGUCUUGGUCCUCGUCCCCCAAAUGAUACUAUGCCCCCUCCCCCACCAGGAGGGAUGCCUAUUGUCCCCCUCCCUCCUGGUGCCCCAGGCGGUCCUCCAAUCCCUCCUCAGAUGCCCCCACAGAUGUCCAUGCCCCCAAUGCCAAUGAGGCCACCACCUCCAGAGGGUCUUGCGAUAUCAAGUAACUAAUCCAAUGUUAGUGUAUUCUAUUAGUCUCCAUUGUUUGCUAUCACAUUGCCUAUCUAAUUUUUGACAGUACAGUUUCCAUCUUAUUUUAGAUAUUUGGAAGCAUUCAUGGCUUUUAUUCAACAGAUUUAUACAGAAAGUCCAUAUUCACUGGAUUUACUUUUUUACGGAAGUGCUGCUUUGUUGCAGUCUUUGUGAUAGCAUGAAAUAAAAUAUGGCCACAUUGUUUUGUAUAAAUGCUUUUGCCUCUGGUUAUAGAGUUUCACUUGACAAAUAAGAUUUCAUCUCAAAAAUCUCUUUGUAAUUAAAUACUAC